AUGUCAGACGUAACCACAACACCAACAUCAAUAACAGCAGCAGCAGACAUCAAGAGCGACUCGGAGCCAUGGUCCGUCCUUGAAAACCUGAUUCUUGCCCAAGCCAUCUACAAGUGCGGCGACACAAACUGGGUUGCCAUCGCGCGCACCAUCAAAGGACACCCACAAAUCCACCGCUCCAGCAACUUCUUUUCUCAAAAGAGUUGUGCUAUUCAAUAUACCCUGCUCCUGGAAAACCUUGAGACGGAAACCAGUCGGUCGAAACAAACACGCGCCAACGAUGCAGACAUCCCGACAGUAGUGAAGCUUGCCGGUCAACUUUAUAACCAACGGAUACUUGAGAUCAAAGCGCUUAUCCGCAAGGACGAGGAACGGUUCAGGGCAUUAGUGGCUGAGCUGGACGACAUUCGGCAGGGAAAAUGGGACAAUCAACUGGAAGAAGAGCUCAAGAAGAACCCACCACCACCAGAACCAGAACAAGAGCCUGAACCAUCUACCAACGAGGCGGCAACAUUGUCUGCAGAGACUAGUCAGCAACCGCAACAGGACGGCGAACCACUCCAGAUCGAUACAGCUGCUCCCUUACCUCUGUCUUCACCCGUAUCAUUAACCUCAUUGGAGAAACCGGAGGAUGCCAGCCAAGCUAUGCAGGAGGCCGCCCCAAAGGUGGAACAACCGGUCACAUCAACAGCAUCCAGCACAGAAGAGGUGUUGGAGAAUCAGACACGAAGUGAGCUAAAGGAUGUGGAGAUGGAAGAGGCCGGCGAACCAGAAUCUACCUCGGAAACUCCAGUCGUCUCGGCUCCGACGCCAGUAGCUUUGAGCAACACACCAGCGGCAGGAGACGUUGAUGAAGACGUUGAGAUGGAGGAUAUCACCUCGACGGAUUCGCCCUCAGUUGUAUCGGAAGCGGUCACACCGGUUGAGGUCAUUAAAAGCACAACGGUUCAGGAUGAAGGAAGCAAUUUGAAGGUGGAGGUCGACAAUGGAUCCAUCGCAAGCUCACCAACUUCGGCUUCAGAUUUGUCGCCACCUGGAGCCAUGGAAGAGGAAGAGGAUGAGGACGAGGAGAAUGGAGAGGAAGACGACACACCAAAAAAGGAGCCAGUUUCAUCCUCACCAGCAGGCGACAAAACAAAGGACGAUAGCGAGGUUGAUGAGAGCGAUCAGGUCAAGGAAGGAGACUCCGUCAAGGAAGAGGAGGUGGACAAGGAGGCAAACGAAGAGGCAGACGAAGAAGAGGACGAGGAGGCAGAUAAGGAUGAGAACGCUGAUCGGGAGAUGGAAGUAGAAUCGAGAGGAAGCCCUGAUGGAUCUUCCGAAGCUGGCGACGGUUCCAAAAUGGACGAGGAUGUGGCCGUAAAGUCUGAGGAUCCGACGAAUGACACCGAGCAGGAGGAGGAGGAGGAGGAGGAAGAAGAUGCAGCAAAGGAUGGAAAUGACGAGGGUGCCACCAGUGCGGACGAGGAAGAGGAAGAGGAAGAGGAGGCGGUCACCAAGUCACCCAAAAAGCCAAGGAAAAUCAAGACGAGUGUCCCUGUGAAGCGUAAAAGGCGAUCCGGACGAGGCGGUGCCGACGUCGAGGAUGGCUACAACAGCUCCGACAGCGAGGCGACAGAGAGUGUCAGUAACAUGUCAGACCAGCGGAACCAGAUGGACGACAAAAAGUGGAAAAAGAUCCUCAUGAUCAUCUGGACCGAAAUUACUAACCACCGAUACGGAGCGGUGUUUAUGCAACCUAUCAAGGAACACGAUGCACCCGGAUACUACCUCAUGAUCAAGCGGCCAAUGGAUCUCAAAAGCAUCAAGGAGCGGAUCCGGGAUGGUCAAAUUACCAACGCAGACGAGUUCCACCGGGAUGUGCUGUUGAUGUUCAUGAAUGCGCUGAUGUACAAUGGCGAGGACACGGAGGUGUAUCAGAUGGCAAUGGCGAUGAUGACGGAGGUGGAGCAGAUCAUCAAGAACUUCAAGAGCUCGCAGUCGUUUGCGCCAACUGGCGUAUCUGGAGGCACGGGAGGCUCAGGAAACGCCUCGAGUUCGACUACACCUACGACUCGGACAGCAGGAUCGGAUGGGUUACUAGGAACGACGUCAAGUUCGAGUGGGCAGCCAUCGAGUAGGCGGAGGAAGAGCUCCGGCAUGGAGAUAACCCCCAUUGAGUGA